GCCCAUAUUUUUUCUUCUUCUUCUCCAGGCCUUACACAGAAUGGGAUAUUUUUCUUUGACAAAUCUGAAUCGAAUAAAGGGGCUAUUCUAUACGCUAUGCAUAUUUCAAAAUGAAAUCCUUGGAAUAUAAAUGUUUUUAAUCCAUGCGGCUAACUGCGAUUUUACAUAAUAAGCUAACGAUGACAGAGCUGGAUACGUAUAAACGUGUUCUCUUAUUUCUCUUUUUUGUUAUGUGCUUUUGGGAAAACGCGUUCGCACUUACCCGUUAUUCUGUUCCAGAGGAGUCGACGUCAGGGACGAUUAUUGGGAACAUUGUUAAGGAUUUGGGACUCGACAUUAAAAGUCUUCAAGGCCGCGGGUUUCGUGUCAUUUCUGGAUCAAAACAACAGCUGCUGCAGGUAAACCCGAGGACCGGCGUCCUGUUUGUGAAUGAAAUUAUUGAUAGAGAAGCGCUGUGUGACCGGGAUAAGCCGUGCAUUAUGAACAUUAAGAUUAUUAUAGAAAAUCCGAUAGAAGUUCAUCAGGCAGCAAUUGAAAUUUUAGACAUAAAUGAUAAUUCUCCUGUGUUUCAUGACAAUAAUAAAAGUCUAGAAAUAUCAGAAUCCAGUGCAGUCGGAUCGCGUUUCCCAUUAGAAGGGGCUGACGACCCUGAUUUUGAUAUCAAUUCAGUAAAAUUUUACCAGCUGAGUAAAAAUGAUCAUUUUAUUCUUGAGGUAGAAGAACGCAGCAGGAAGAGCAAAAUCCCCGUAUUAGUGUUACACAAAGGCCUUGACAGAGAACUUAAAUCAAAAUAUGACUUUGUGCUGUCAGCCGUUGAUGGGGGCAAUCCUCUGAGAUCUGGAAGCAUGAAUAUCACGGUAAUGGUUUCAGACAUUAAUGAUAAUGCGCCUGUUUUUUCUGAACAAAUGUACUCAGUAACACUGGAGGAAAAUGCUCCUGUAGGAACUCUUGUUGUGAAGAUGAAUGCCUCAGAUCCCGAUGAGGGCAGUAAUGGUUACAUCGUAUACUCGUUUGGGAACUCUGUACACAAUAAAAUAUCUGAACUGUUUAAGUUGGAUAUUAAUACCGGAGAAAUAACCGUUAACGGCGUGAUUGAUUUUGAAGAGAAAGAUUUCUAUGAAUUCGAUGUAAAAGCCUCGGAUAGAGGCAAUUCACCAAUGAAUUCUUUCUGCACCGUGUUGAUUCAAAUUAAAGACAUGAAUGAUAACGCACCCCAGAUAGACAUAACGUCUUUAUCGAGUUCUGUAUUCGAGGAUGUAAAACCGGGUUCAGUAAUCGGAGUAAUCAGUAUUACAGACCUGGAUUCGGGUUUAAAUUCUAAAAUCGCAUGCACCAUAUCUAAAAAGCUGCCCUUUGAAAUAAAGCCAUCAAUUCAGGAAAAUCUGUACUCUUUGACAACAAAUUCCCGACUGGAUCGGGAAUCUGCAUCCCAGUAUAACAUAACGAUAACUGCCAAAGACUUUGGUCACCCUUCUCUAUCGUCUUAUAAAAUUGUUUUAGUGAAUGUUUUGGAUGUGAAUGACAAUAAUCCGAAAUUUUUAGAAAAUCCAUAUGUGUUCUUUGUUGAAGAAAAUAACAUACCAGGAGCCUCCAUCUUUACAGUAAGCGCAGUUGACGAGGACACAAAUGAGAAUGCUCUCAUAACUUAUUAUUUGUGGGAAAAUGAAGCUGCGGAGAAACAAAUGGUGCCUUUCCUCAGUAUAAAUUCCAACAAUGGAGAAGUGACUACUUUUACAAGCUUUGACUUCGAAGAAACGAAAAGUUUUACAUUCACUGUUGUAGCUAAAGACUCAGGAGUGCCGUCGCUAAGCAGUAACGUAACUGUAAAUGUUUUCAUUUUGGACCAAAAUGAUAAUCCACCAUUGGUCUUGUUUCCUUUACAAACAAAUGGGACUGCUGUGGCAGAGGAGACGAUUCCACGAAAUGUCAAAGCGGGUUAUUUAGUUGCAAGAAUAAGAGCCUACGAUGCUGAUGUCGGAUAUAACGCGUUGCUUUCAUUUUCUCUGGAAGAAGCCACAGAUUCGUCACUUUUUGUCGUUGGACGAUUUACUGGAGAAGUCAGAACUCUUCGUGCUAUUGCCGAGUCUGAUGUUACUGUUCAUAAAAUGGUCGUACUCGUAAAAGACAGCGGGAGCCUUUCACUUUCUGCAUCUGUAACAGUAAUCGUGACAACAGCUGAAAACACCGAAGCGCAUGCGUUGUCUGAAAUUAAAAGCACCACGACACGAGAAGAGCUGGGAAAUAAGACGACGUUUUAUUUGAUUAUCGUUUUGGGUUCAGUUUCAUCUUUGUUUGUCAUCACAAUUAUUGCCCUGAUUGCUUUCCAAUGUCACAAGCCUUAUCAUGGUUUCAUCAGUAACAAGUUCUUCGAUGACACAAACUACGCCGAAGUUAGCGGAUCACUUUUUCACAGCCAUCAUUAUCAGACUGCAGAGAAGCGACUGGUGUUGAUUGGACCAGAAAUGAACAGAGAAGGCAUGGUGGAUGUGGGGAGCAAUGCAAACACUCUGCUCAUUUCAGACAGUGGAGUUAAAGUUGCACAAAUGGUGAGUAACAUUUGA